AAGAAGAAAAAUUAAAAUUAAAGUUAAUGCAGCCUUAUAAAUGAUUAAUAUCGUCGGUGACCGUCGUCCUUCCAAACAGUGGCUUCAGUCGGCCACGCGAUCUCCUUGGUCGCAAUCCGUCAAUUGAGUUCCAUUCCCAAUUCAACAUAAUUCCUCUUUUCCAAUUCUACCCUCCUCCGACCAUGAUCUCUUCUGUCCAUAGUGGGGCUAUUACCGUCAUUUGGUAUUCCCACUCUGUCUCCACAGCUAUCUUUCCAUUUCCUUCAAUUCCUUUAACUUUACUUUCUCAAAGUCUCGGUAAAUCCCUCACCUACCUAUUCCACCUUCCUUCCUCCGGCAAAGAAUAUGGGGAAAAAGCGUAACUGGAGCUGGAGCUCCGCCCUAGUCGGAGCGGCGUCGGCAAUUGCAGCGACGGCGAUAGUUUCCGCGAAGCCCAAGGACCCCACCUUCCACCUGAUCUCAAUAAAAUUCACUUCCUUCAAGCUGAAGCCACCGGUGGUGGACGCCGAGCUCAUCCUGACCGUCCACGUCACCAACCCCAACGUAGCUCCCAUCCAUUACUCCUCCACCGCCAUGUCCAUUUUCUACGACGGUUCCCUCCUGGGGUCGGCCCAGGUCGAUGCCGGUUCGCAGCAGCCCCGAUCCUGUCAGGUCCUCCGACUUCCGGCCCGGCUCGAUGGCCUGAAAUUGGCCCACCACGGCAGCCGGUUCAUCUCCGACGUGGCUAAGCGAGAGAUGAUUCUGGAUGCGAGUGUGGACAUUGGGGGUUUUGCCAAAGUGCUGUGGUGGAGUCACAAAUUCAAGGUCCACGUGGACAGCCAUCUGACCGUUGAUCCCGUCUUCCUUGAUGUCCUUGAUCAGGAAAACACUUCUCAACUUGAGCUCUUUCUUACUUAAUCAAUUAGCUUUUUUUUAUGAUAUUAAUGGAUUUUUGGUACACAAAUUCAUAAUCAUACUCCCCUGUUUUAUUAUGCUAAAUUAAGUAUCAUUUUCCUCAUGUUUUUGGUUAGUUGUGGGAAUAGAAUUGAUCGAUUGAAUGAAAAAUCAUAAAUUUUCUUCCA